AUGUUUAGAUUACUUGAUCCUCAAACAGAAAUUGAAAUAAUUAGUUAUCGUAUCUGUCAAAUAUUGUUUUGCGCACGUGGUCAAACAAAUACGUCAGAGGCAUGUUGUUUUGCAUUUACAACCGGAUAUUCGUCGACAAAAACAAACACUAGUCCAACGACAAAUAUACAAGAAACGAAAACAGAAUUACUUUAUCAAUGUCAAGUAUUUCGAUGUGAUUUACAAGAUGCUCAAAAGAAAAGGGUGUUAUUAAUCACAAUAGUAGUUAUGUCGCUCAAUAGUGCAUAUCGUAGUGAACUAGCAGAAAAAAUUAAUGCUGCUUUAGAUUUGAAUGGCACAAAUUCCGAUGAAGAUGGGGAGAUUUAUCGUAUUUUACUAAGUUUUGCAAAUGCUUUUCGUCGUACAUCGUCUACGAGUCAACAGUCAUUAUCACAACAGCCAUCUCAACCAUCUACUGUUAAAACUGGUCGUACACAAUCGUUAAUUGGUGCUAUACAAGCAGCUACACAAACACAAUCACAACUUCAACAUCAUUUAAAACCAUCGGAUUCUUUAAUUAAAUUCAAAACAUAUUUAGAUAUUAAAGAAGAUGAUGGAAAAGGAAACUUUGUAUCUGUUCAACGACCAGAUAAAAAUGUGUUUAAAUUACGAAAAGAUGUAAGAAAAAAAGUAUCUGUUGCUUUACAACAAUUACGUGGUGCUCCACUGAAUAUUGAACGAUGCUUUGGGAUGUUACUUGCUCAAGGUCGAAAUGUUCGUGCUAGUGAUAUGCAAUUAUUGGAUAUGGAAACAAUGGGUAAAUCACCUGAUGAAAAAUAUUAUAUGGUACGUGGUAACUGGGAUCCAUUAGCUCGAUCAUUCAAAGAGUUAGUUCAUCUCAAUGAAGAAACACCCAAAAAUGCUCGUGUAUUUUUAACAAUCGCAGUUGAUUUAGUUAUAUCGGGUAUACAAGAACCAGUGAGAUUUCGUAUUGAAACAAAAGCUAGAAUUUGUUAUCCAAAUGAAAAUUCAAAUGAAUUAUCCGAUGCAUUUUGGUCAUCAUUUAAAAAGUUAACACCAUUAUCAGAAGAAUUUGAUAUGAAAUUGAAAGAGGCACAAACGAAAAAUUCCCAGCAAGAUGCAUCAUAUGAAGUGAUUAGUCUUGAAAGUAAAUCAGAAAUGGAAAGAAAAGUAAAAUUACAAGCAGCUAUGAGAAAUCAACAAAAUGGAGGAACAUCAUCAGAUGAUGAACCGAUUGCUAGUGGUUUUGGUGUUGUUAGUAAAGAAUGUUCGGAAGAUAUUUUAGAUAAUUGGAGUGAUAUUUUAUUGAAAUGGAGAAAAAAUUAUAGUGAAAGACCAAGAGGAUUACAGACACUUGUUCGAAAAGGAGUGCCUGAAGCAUUACGUGGAGAAGUAUGGCAGUUACUUGCUGGAUCUACAGGAAAAGAAUUUGAAAUGAUUGAUACAUACAGAUUAUUAUUGACAAAAGAAUCGGCUUCUGAACGUGUUAUAUUAAAUGAUUUAAAUCGAACAUUUCCUGCACAUGAAUAUUUUAAAGAAGUUGGUGGAAUUGGACAAGAAGCUUUGUAUAAACUAAGUCGGGCUUAUUCUGUUCGUGAUGAAGAAGUUGGUUAUUGUCAAGGUUUAUCAUUUGUCAUUGCAACACUAUUAAUACAUAUGCCCGAAGAACAAGCGUUCAUGUUACUAUGCAAAAUGAUGGAAGAUCCACGAUAUGAUUUACGAGAAAUGUAUAAAGCCAGUUUUGAAAAUUUACAAAUGAGAUUUCAUCAAUUACAUUGUCUUAUGAGAGAUAAUUUACCCGAAUUAUACGAUCAUUUUGACGAUUUAAAACUUUUAUGUCAUAUGUAUGCAUCUCAAUGGUUUUUAACAUUAUUUACAGCCAAAUUUCCAUUAUAUCUUGUUUUUCGAAUUAUGGAUCUAUUCUUAUAUGAAGUGCGUUUUGAUGGUUUCAAUUCAUUAUUUGCUGUCGGACUUGCUCUUCUAAAAUGUGCACAAAAAGAUUUACUUGUAUUAGAUUUUGAAGGUGUAAUGAGAUAUUUUCGAGUAAGUUUACCAAAAAAAUAUCGAUGUGAAGAUCAUGCUGAUGAAUUAAUACAAACAGCUUGUUCAAUGAAGAUAAGUCCAAAAAAAUUAAAACGUUAUGAAAAAGAACACUAUGAAUUAAAAGCACUCGAAGAACAAGGUGAUGAACCAUUGAAUAGACUUGAGUGUGAUAAUAAACGCUUACAAGGCACAUGUAUUCGACUUGAAUUAGAAAAUGAAAUGUUAGCACUUGAAUUAGUUAAUGAUCGAGUGAAAUUAAAAGAAAAAAUUGAUAAAUCCGAUGAUCGAAUAGAAACAUUAGCACGUGAACUGACUGCGACACGAACAAUUGUAAGAGAAAGUGAAUUACAUACAAUACGAAUAAAUGAAGAAUUAGAAAAUAUAAAAGAAGCAUUUCGUCAAACAUGUAAUGAAUUGCAACAAACCCAAAAAAUUGUUACUGAUUAUAAACAGAUUUGUUCACAAUUAAAUGAUCAAUUAGAAAUACAAUCAAAUAUGUAUAAAGGAAAAUUAGAGAUUAUUCAAGAUCGUUUAAGUAAUUGUUGUGAUUCAUGUAAACUUGUAUUAAUGCCCGAUACAGGCGAUAAUAUUUCAUUAGGUACAACACCACUAUUAUCAUCAUCACCUAAACAACAUACAUUUUAUAAUUCAACAAUAACAAAUACACCGGAUUAUUCAAAUUUUGCAGCGGAUUAUGAAUUAAAAGUACGUCAAGUUGAAAAUGAAUUAGCUGAAAAAAAAUUACAAUUAACUCAAGCACUAUGUGAAAAUCAAGAAUUAUUACAUCAAUUACGAACAGUAACUGAACAAAAAUGUUUAGAUUAUAAUAAUAUACCAACAACAUCAGCAGAUUUUAUUCGACAAUCACAACAAGGAAAUUCAUCAACGAACAGUUGGCUAAGUAAAACAGUAAAUACAAUUAAAGAAGCAACACGAUCAUCAAGUGGAUCAAUUAAAUUUAGUUAA